AUGCGCCUGGCCAAGUGGUACAUGUGGUUUGAUGAUGAUGAGAAGCAGAAGUUGAUCGAGGAGAUCCAUGCCUUGGUUACUGUUAGGGAUGCCAAGCACACCAACUUUUUGGACUUCUGGAACUUCAAGAUCAUUUACCUACACUACACUAGACUCUACUUCUGUAUCUGUGUAGUCAUCAAGGACAAAAUUCUGGUCUGUCUCGAAGCCAUCUACAACUUUGUGGGAGUGCUAAAUGAAUAUUUCCACAAUGUCUGUGAACUGGACCUGGUUUUCAGCUUCUACAAGGUUUACACAAUGGUAGAUGAGAUGUCCCGGGCUGGUGAAAUCUGA